AUGGCUAAAAAUACAAAAAGUGGAGCAUCCGCUGAUGAUAAAAAAAAAACUUUAAAACAUUAUGUAAUAAAAGGGCAAAAAAAAACACUUACCCCAGUACGAGCAAAAAAAACAAUUGCUAAAAAAUAUUAUGGAAAAAAAUUAGCUUCAAAAAAAAAAUAUAUUGUACAAAGAAAAAUGAGAAAAUCUAUCCAAGUUGGAAAAGUAGCUAUUAUAUUAACAGGCAAGCAUAUGGGUAAAAGAUGCAUAAUAACUAAAGUUUUAAAAUCGGGAUUAUUAGCAGUUAUAGGCCCAUAUGAAGUUAAUGGUGUACCUUUAAAAAGAGUAGAUCCAAGAUAUUUGAUAGUAACAUCAACUAAUGUUUUUGAUUUUAAUAAUUUAUCACAAAUCAAAGAUAAGUUUAUUCAAGCUGCUGAACGUAUCAAUGAUGAAAUUUUUAUAAAAUCUAUAGAUAUUAAAAAAAGGCAAAAAAAAUUAUUAAAAAAUAAAAAUGAAUCUCUUUUUAUGAAUGAUGUUAUACAACAAAUUAAAGAAAUACGAGAUUCUGAUCCAAAAAUGAAAAGAAUAAAAUUAUUACAAAAACAAUUAGGAGAUUUAUUAAAACCAGAAAUCUCAAAAGAUAAAAUGUUCAGAUCAUAUAUAAAAUCAAAAUUCACUUUGCGAAAUAAUAUGUCUUUUCACAACAUAAAAUUUUAA